UAUGCAAAGGCCAAGGAAUCAGAUGGGCAGUACAGGGAAGCAGCCACCUAUUAUGAAUCAGCUCGGGACUAUGAGUCAGUGAUUCGUCUGUUGUUGCAUAACCUCAACUCUCCAGAAGAAGCUGUGAGAAUUGUGCGAGAGACCAAGAGUGUGGAGGGAGCAAAGAUGGUAGCCAAAUUCUUCCAGAAACUGAGUGAUUACAACUCGGCAAUACAGUUUCUGGUGUUGUCCAAGUGUAUGGAUGAAGCCUUCCAACUGGCCCGAACACAUGGCAAGAUGGAGCUGUAUGCUGAGAUUUUAGGCUCAGAUGCAACUCCAGAAGACUACAAGAGUGUUGCCCUUCACUUCGAAAAUGAACGAAAUCACUUUCUUGCUGGAAAAUUCUAUUACCUGGCUGGAGUAUAUCCCAAGGCUGUGAAGCACCUGAUUCGUGCUGCCCAAAGCACCAGCACUGAAGAUUCUGAAAGUAUUCAAAUGGCCAUUGAUGUGAUUGCAGCUGCCGAUGAUGAUGGACUUACUCGCCAGUUGAUUGACUUUUUGAUGGGUGAAGUUGAUGGCAUCCCAAAAGAUGCAAAAUACCUAUUUCGGCUCUACAUGGCUAAACAUCAGUAUCGAGAGGCAGCUAAGACAGCCAUUAUCAUAGCAAGAGAAGAACAAAACUCAGGGAAUUAUCGACAUGCUCAUGAUGUGCUCUUGGGCAUGUAUGGAGAGCUGCAGCGUCAGAAGCUCAAGAUUCCUGCAGAUAUGAGUUCGGCAUUACUGCUUCUCCACUCAUACACAUUAGCUCGGCUGUUGGUACGCAAGGGGGACCACCUUAAAGCUGCCAGAAUGCUCAUUAGGGUAUCAAACAACAUCUCAAAAUUCCCAGCACAUAUGGUCCCCAUCUUAACUUCUACUGUCAUCGAGUGUCAGCGAUCAGGACUCAAGAAUUCUUCAUUCAACUUUGCUGCCAUGCUGAUGCGGCCUGAGACUCGUGGCCAGAUAGAUGAAAGGUACAAGAAGAAAAUUGAAGCCAUUGUACGUAAACCACAGAAGACUGAGGAGGAAGAGAAGACAUCACCCUGUCCUUUUUGCUCAUCACCUGUAGAAGAAACAAGCCUUGAAUGUGCACAGUGCCAGAACUCACUGCCAUACUGCAUUGCCACGGGCCAGCACAUCUUGGCUGAUGACAUAACUAUCUGCCCCUCCUGCACGUUCCCUGCCAUAAGAGCCGAGCUUAUAAAACUGGUAGAGGAUGGGGAGAGUUGCCCCAUGUGCAGUACCACCCUGGAUGUCAACAAACUCACACCAUCAGCAAACUGGAAGUCCAUAAUUCUCAAUAUAGAAGCCCCGAACUAGCUUUCAGGUAAUACAGGUUAAACAGCAGUUGGCAUAAAAACUUGGACUGUAUCCUAAUUUUCGCAAUAGAGUAUCUAGUCACAUUAACAAAGUCAUACAAAUUAUGACGUGAAGUUUCAAUUGUGUAAUGCUUUAACAUUAUUAUAUAAAUACAUUUUACAAUUUGAAUAAUUACAGGAACUGAACUAAGAAUAUCUCAAAUUAUCAUGUUUUAUAUGGCAGCCCAGUAGUGAACACCACUGAGUGCUGGUCACCUUCAUGUCCACAGUGUGGGGCUGGGGUGUCAGGUAUAGGCUGCAAAAGUGCCCUCUGGCAGGGUGACCUUUUAGCUCAUCGGUGGCAUAUUUGGUAUGCUGCCCAGACUUCUACUCAGAAAGCUUGGGUUUGCGUUUCUCUCUCUCUCUCUCUCUCUCUCUCUCUCUCUCUCUCUCUCUCUCUCUCUCUCUCUCUCUCUCUCUCUCUCUCUCUCU